AUGGAGACAAGCCCCGAGAACCCAAACCGGGCCGUGGAGUACCUCCUGGAGCUCAACAACAUCAUUGAGAGCCAGGCCAAGCUCCUUGAGACCCAGCGUCGGAGAAUCGAGGAGCUGGAGGGCCAGCUGGACCGGGUGAGCCAGGAGAACAAGGGUCUGAGGUUGGAUCGUCCUCCACGAGAGUCACAACCCCCUGAGCAGAAUCACAACCCCAGCCAGCCCCUCACCUUGCCUGUACACCCAGGGCCUGUUCCUGGUCCUGUGCCCGUGCCUGUGCCCAUACCCGUGCCCGUGCUUGGUCCCAGCCCUGGGUCUGGUACUGGGCCUGGUUCUGGGCCUGUGAUUGGUUCUGGCAGCACCCCCGCUCCCACAGCACCCGCCACUGGGCCCAGUAGGAGUCACACCAGGCUGACCCGAGGCCUGUCCUUUGGCUCAUCCCCAGCUGAGCGGGAAAGGCUGGAGCGCACAGACAGCACCGACACCAGCAACAGCUCCACAAUACGCAGAAAUGUGGAAGGGCAGUCUCAGUGUCCAGAGACACACAGCCCUUACAACCAGACUCCCUUCCUGCGCGGCUCAGAACGCUUCACAGACAGCAGCACCGGUCCUCCGGGCCCGAGGGGCCCCCUGUGCGUGGCUUCCCCUAGCACAGCAAGCCUGGCCUGGGCCCUGCGGACACGCCACCAGCCUGCCAGCCUGGCCCUGCGCAAACAGGAGGAGGAGGAGAACAAGAGGUGCAAGGUCCUCUCAGACAGCUAUGAGCUCUCCACAGACCUGCAGGACAAGAAGGUGGAGAUGUUGGAGAGGAAGUACGGUGGGUCUUUCGUGAGCCGCAGAGCAGCCCGGAUCAUCCAGACGGCGUUCCGCCAGUACCGCAUGAACAAGAACUUUGAGCGGCUCCGCAGCUCCGCCUCCGAGAGUCGCAUGACGCGCCGCAUCAUCCUGUCCAACAUGCGUCUGCAGUACUCGUUUGACGAGCGGCAGCCGCAGGCCCAGACGCAGACACACUUCACCCACAGCGUGGGCAUUGGGCCGCCACACUCCCCCGUGUGCAGCCCAGAGAGGGACACCGACCGGCCAGACUACACUCACCUGGAAGACUCCUUCUCCAAACAGGUGAAGUCCCUGGCUGACUCCAUAGAUGACGCCCUGACCUGCCGCCCCGGGAGGGACGACUCCCAGGAUGGCAGCAGGGAGGGCGGGGGCCUCAGCGAGGACUUUGGCGAGUGUGUUUGGAGCAGCAGCAGCAACCCGUCCUCUCAAAGAGGCCUGGGAGACAGGCCCCGGGGAGGGGGAGGGGGCCUGAGCAUGCACGGUGACAGCACGGCCACCUCCUACAGUGACGUCACCUUAUACAUGGAUGACUGUAUGCCCUCUUCGCCCCUCUCCCUGGACCGCGCCCCCAGCAGCACAGACACAGAGUACUGGGGGCCCGGGGGGGGCGUGGGAGGCCGCGAGGACAGCAGGGACACCGAGGGAGGGGGCAGCAGCAACAGCCGCCGGAGCACCCCUUGCACAGAGUGUCGGGACUAUCGUCUGAGGGGCGCCCACCUCCCCCUCCUCACCAUCGAGCCCCCCAGCGACAGCUCGGUGGACAUGAGUGACCGCUCGGACCGAGGGUCCCUCAGCAGACAGUUGGUCUACGAGCAGGAGCCUGGGGGAGGAGCUGGCUCUCCUCAGGGAACCCUAAAACACAACCCUAACACGGGGCCCCGGCCCUCCUCCACGCCCGCAGCCCAGGGCCAGACCCGCGCCCCCGGCCGGCCCCUACCCACACACAUCCCCCAUCACGUGGCACACCACCACCACCACCACUCCAUCCACCACCACCAGUACCCAGACACGCCCUCCUCCUCCUCCUCCCCCCAGCAGCCGCCCACCACCCCCCUGUCCUCCUCCUCCUCCACAGCGCUGCCCUCUGGUGGCCUGGAGCAGCCCUGCUGCUCUGAUGGAGACAACGACUCGCUCAACUCCACCACCAAUUCCAAUGAGACGGUGAACUGCAGCUCUGGCUCCUCCUCCCAGGACAGCCUGCGUGAGCCUCUGCCCCCGCUGGGCAAACAGACGUACCAGCGAGAGAGCCGCCACAGCUGGGACUCCCCCCCAUUCAACAACGACGUGGUCCAGAGACGCCAGUACCGCAUCGGCCUUAACCUCUUCAACAAGAAGCCAGAGAAGGGGAUCCAGUACUUGAUCGAGAGAGGCUUCGUGUCGGACACUCCUGUUGGGAUCGCUCGCUUUAUCCUGGAGAGGAAAGGCCUGAGCAGACAGAUGAUUGGGGAGUUCCUGGGAAACCGGCAGAAACAGUUCAACAAGGAUGUACUGGACUGUGUGGUGGAUGAGAUGGACUUCUCAGGGAUGGACCUGGACGAUGCGCUGAGAAAGUUCCAAGCCCAGAUCAGAGUUCAAGGAGAGGCCCAGAAAGUAGAAAGGCUUAUAGAGGCUUUCAGUCAGAGAUACUGUGUGUGUAACCCGACCCUGGUCAGACAGUUCCAGAACCCAGACACCAUCUUCAUAUUGGCCUUUGCCAUCAUCCUCCUUAACACUGAUAUGUACAGCCCUAACGUCAAGGCUGAGAGGAAGAUGAAGAUAGAGGACUUCAUCAAGAACCUGAGAGGAGUGGACAAUGGUCAGGAUAUCCCCAGGGACUUGCUAGUUGGCAUCUACCAGCGCAUUCAGAAGUGGGAGUUACGGACCAACGAUGACCAUGUGUCCCAAGUGCAGGCUGUGGAGAGAGUCAUUGUGGGCAAGAAGCCUGUGCUCUCCCUACCCCACCGCAGGUUGGUGUGUUGCUGUCAGCUGUAUGAGGUACCCGACCCUAACCGACCCCAGAGGACAGGGUUGCACCAAAGAGAGGUCUUCCUCUUCAACGACCUACUGGUGGUGACCAAGAUCUUUCAGAAGAAGAAGACCUCAGUGACAUACAGCUUCAGACAGUCCUUCCCUCUGGUGGAGAUGCAGGUCCACAUGUUCCAGAACUCCUACUACCCUCACGGCAUCCGUCUGACCUCGGCAGUGCUGGGUGGGGAGAGGAAGGUCCUUAUCGUCUUCAUGGCACCCAGUCAGCAGGACCGCACCCGCUUUGUCAGUGACUUGAGAGAGAGCAUCGCUGAGGUGCAGGAGAUGGAGAAGUACAGAGUGGAGUCGGAGUUGGAGAAGCAGAAAGGUGUCAUGCGUCCCAGCUUGCUGAGCGGAGGUGGGGUUGGAGGAGGUGUGGGUGUGAAGAGUGAUGUGGUAAAUGGCAUUCUGGGAAGGCCCAGUCUGGAUGACAACUAUUCUGCGGGGGAGGGGCUGAAACGCACCGCCCUCAGCUCCUCUCUGAGGGACCUGUCAGACACAGGGAAACGUGGUCGCAGGAACAGUGUUGGUUCCCUGGACAGUACCAUGGAAGGCUCCAUAAUUAGCAGCCCGCGGCCUCACCAGUGCUACACGGUGCCAGGAGUGGUCCCUAGCUGCUACGGAACAGAAGAUUACCGGCCUCACCGCCCCAUCCUGAGCCCCGGAACAGGGGUGGGGGGUGGGCCGGGGCAACAACACAUCCCUGCUGGGACGGGAGUUGGGGGAGUACCCAGCAGUGUAGAGAGGGGGGGGGUGGGGAGCGGCCCUGGGGGGAGCAACACUGGUUCUUUCCUGGGGUCCCUAUUCGGCAGCAAACGUGCCAAACCGCCAGGGCCCCUUAUCCCACCGGGGCCACCCUACCCCGCCCCUGUCCCCCCACCCACCACUGGAGGGCCCCCUCCUCACUCCCCUUCAUCUCUGUGCCAGUCCGACGGGGGCCCUUCCAAGAUCCAGGCACUCCAUGCACAGUACUGUCACACGGGCAGCGUGCAGCCCCCGCCCCCUUACUACCAUCACCAUCGCUACCACGUCCAAACUGGCCCCCCUCCCAUGCAACCCAUGGCCUGUCAUACACUACAGAGAGGGCCUCUACACUGUCGGCCUCCGCUUGGCCCACCACACUUCCAGCACCAGCAGCUGGCCCAUCUCUCCCAGCUCUCCCAGCAUGGCAUACAGGCUCGCUACGCCAACAUGGUGGUGGGCUUUCCUCCCCCCCUUUCUCCUCACUCCCCACACUCCCCGAGUCCUCAGUUUGCCCUCUACCACACACAGCCCACACACUCUGUCAGGGGGGGCAUCGCAACUGGCACCAAGCCUCCUCUGACCUUGUCACACUCCCACCCGCACCCCCACGCACACUCCAACACCCACCCCGGACACGUACACACGCCCCACCCAGCCACCCACCCCACCCAUCAGGCACAUUUCAUCUUCGGCACGCUGCCCCACCAGUCAACGUCCGGCUCCGUCAGUGCCCAUCACGCAGCCUCCGUCGCCCCGUAUCUGCCCCAGUACCCUCCUCUCUCUUCCAUCCCCCCUCCCCCCCCCCCCCACUCCCCUUUACCCCCCCCUUCCUCCCCCCUUACCCCUCUUACGCCUCUCUCCCCUCACCCCCCCCAGCACCCCGGACAGCCCCAGCAGGGGCCCCAGGUAACGGGAGCUGGGGCAACAGGCACAGGGGGCAGUUCCAAAUCCAAGCCUAUCAACCGGAUCAGUACGGUGGUCUGAGCAGGAUGUGGCCACACAGAGGUCUGCGGUCCGAAGGGAGAGUGGGGGAGGUGGCCAGGGUCAGGUCCAGGGCUAGGACGGAGCAGG